AGAAAGUUCACUCGCAUAUAUUAGGCUCUUCAAUCUUUCAUUCUCCCUGGCAAAACUAGUUGGAAAUGAGCGGAGCAGGAGGACAGAGAGACGCCGCUCGUCAUCCGAGAGAGAAACAUGUGCUUUUAAAGACGCGUCCGUGUCGUUUUUGAUUCGGGAACAGAGGAGAUCGUCCUGCUGUGGCGGACUCUCCUCACACCGCCGCCGCUGCCGCCGACACCCGAGACGCGCCGGGUUCAGUGCGCACACGUCGGGACGUUUUUUAUUUUUAUCAUCAUUAUUAUUAUUAUUAUUAUGAUUGCGAUGAUUAUUAUGGGAGAGUCUCGUUCAGACGCCAGUGGCAGCGCGCGGGUGGAUUCCGAGAUACAACUGCAAAUCAGCCUUUAGAGGACGGAGUUGUUUUAUUAUUAUUCGAAUUAAUUCAUGAUUCCAGUGCGGGACGAAUGAGAAGAAGAGGAGCGAGAUCUGCAGCGUUAAGAAGAACAGGAGGAGGAGGAGGAGAAAGAGGAGGAGGAGGAGUGAGGAAGGAAAGCGGAGUUUGAUGGAUUUGUUAUCUGCGCUUAUUUUUCUCCCUUUAAAUCCUUUUACGCACAAGAAUAGUUGAGCGACGCGCCGCCAACAUGUUUGACUGCAUGGACGUGCUGGCCGCCGUGAGUCCGGGCCAGAUGUUGGACUUCUACACGCCCAGCGCGUCCUCGUGCAUGCUGCAGGAGAAGGCGCUGAAAGCCUGCAUCAGCGGACUGGCGCACCGAGAGUGGCAGCACCGGCGGAGCGCACACUCCAUUGAAACACAGAGCACCAGUUCUGAGGAGCUUGUCCCCAGCCCGCCGUCUCCCCCGCCUCCUCCCAGAGUCUACAAGCCCUGCUUCGUGUGCCAGGACAAGUCCUCUGGUUACCACUAUGGCGUCAGCGCAUGCGAGGGCUGCAAGGGUUUUUUCCGCAGAAGCAUCCAGAAGAACAUGGUGUACACGUGUCACCGGGAGAAGAACUGCAUUAUCAACAAGGUGACAAGGAACCGCUGUCAGUACUGUCGCCUGCAGAAGUGCUUCAGCGUGGGAAUGUCCAAAGAGUCUGUUCGGAAUGACCGGAAUAAGAAGAAGAAAGAGAGCCCAAAGCUGGAACUGGCAGAGAGCUACGAGCUGACAGCUGAGCUGGAAACCAUCAUCGAAAAGAUCCGCAAGGCCCAUCAAGAAACCUUCCCCUCCCUCUGCCAGCUUGGCAAAUAUACCACGAACUCAAGUGCAGACCACCGUGUGAGGCUGGACCUUGGCCUGUGGGACAAAUUCAGUGAGCUGGCCACCAAGUGCAUUAUCAAGAUCGUGGAAUUUGCCAAACGAGUGCCUGGCUUCACGGGGCUGACCAUCGCAGACCAGAUCACGCUCCUGAAAGCUGCCUGUCUGGACAUUUUGAUCCUUCGCAUCUGUACGAGGUACACGCCCGAACAGGACACCAUGACCUUCUCAGACGGGCUGACCCUCAACCGGACACAGAUGCACAACGCUGGCUUCGGCCCUCUCACUGACUUGGUGUUCACCUUUGCCAAUCAGCUGCUGCCUAUCGAGAUGGACGACACGGAGACCGGCCUCCUCAGCGCCAUCUGUCUUAUCUCUGGAGACCGCCAGGACCUGGAGGAACCCUCUAAGGUGGACCAGCUCCAGGAGCCGCUCCUGGAGGCUCUGAAGAUCUACGUGAGGAAGCGUCGGCCCAGCAAACCGCACAUGUUCCCCAAAACUCUGAUGAAGAUCACAGAUCUGCGGAGCAUCAGCGCUAAAGGAGCAGAGCGGGUCAUCUCUCUGAAGAUGGAGAUCCCAGGUUCCAUGCCUCCACUCAUCCAGGAGAUGCUGGAAAACUCAGAGGGCCAGGACAGCCAGAGCAGUAGCACUUCAGCCGAGGCCAAGGCUGAGGCCAAGGCUGAGGACGAGGACGAGGACAAGGACGAGGCUGAGGACGAAGCCGAGGACGAAGCCAAGGCCGGGGUCAGUCCCAGCAGCAAAGACAGUCCCAACAAAGACAGGGCCGUCCUGGAGUCGCCGGGCUCCCUGGACACUGACAGGGCUGAAGCCACAGCGCCCAGCGACAGUGACUAAGAGGAUGCACCCACAGGUGCCUCCGAGUCUGACAUUACUUUGCACAAAAAAAGAGAACAGCUGAGCGAGCAGUCGACCCCUUCGUUUCCCCUCUGCCCUGACUCUCCGACGCUUGGUAUUACGUUAUCUUUAUAUCUUUCUUCUCCCAUUCCUCUCAAACUCCCUCCUUAAAAAGUGAUGGUCAGCACGGAGGCCUCGAAGGAUCAGCGCUUUGUGUAGAACUGUGAACUGGAGUUUGGCGUCUGGUCUCUGGGACUGUGACAGGAGGGGCGUGGCCCUCACAGACCGUCACAGAUGAUUGUCCUCAGGUCUCCUGUGUACCUUCUUAUCUGCAUGACAGGAGGUGGAGAAGUGGUUUUAAUCCUCCCUCCCUCCCUCCCUCCCUCCUUCUCUUUGCUUGUCCUCAUAUCUUUUCCUCCCAUAUUGUUGACAUACAGUACAUACAGCCCUACAUUGUACAUACCAUAGUAUGGUUCGAUCUCUGUUUCUAUGAUGAAUUUUGUGGUGCUUUUUCUCAUGUCUUGAAUAUUAUCUUUGAAGCGACGCAUCAAGGUUUAAAGAGGGACCCCUUUGAAGAGUUAUCUAGAAUGUUAUGGCAUACAGACAUUAUGGAAGUGGAGUCUUUUAUAUGUGUUGCUCUAUUUAAAACAUUUGAGUUCGUGUUUCUUCAUGGAUGAGUGCACCUACAUCCACACGGCCAGAAUGCAAAGUCUGUUCAUCCGUUUUCUCAAAGGAGGGAACCGCACCAGCAAAAGCCUUUGACACACACACACUCAUCAGAUUGAGAGCGUCUGUUUUACUUUCCAGGACCAGAUUAGAUUUACAAUCAGCCUGUCUAUGAAAUUAACUCAUUUGGUGGCUGUAUCUCCUGUGUAAAUCAGUUUAACCUCACUGUCAAAACAAAUGGGGCAAAUGAGGUUGUUGAUAGAUACCAGUGAUUUUUCUGCAACGGCCACUCGAUGCCUCUCCUGCGCCCCAAUGCAGUUUUAACUGCAGCUGGAUGAAGGGGUUUCACAGGUUUAAACACAGCCACUGGUGUCACACCUGGUUUAAAUGUACAAAGAAGACGUGUGGCUUCACGUCGCACCGCUUGUUAUUCAGCAAACUCAUUUCCUUGUUCAGUAGAAAACACUCCAGUACAGAAAAUAUCUCGUCUCCAGGGAAACUAAUUUCUUCGGGGAUACAAAGGAAUACAAAUGUAAGUUCAGCAACAAACUGAAAGAUGAAAAUAGAUCAUUGAAACUAACGUCAAAUAACGACUGCCAGUGGAGACAGGAUUCGUCUCUGGCCUGGUUUCUAUCUGCGGAUCUUUCAAGAGGCAAGUUACAUGGUAUAAUGUUAAAAACAUAAAAAUACAAUAACAUCACAAAUAGCACAGUCGUUCAGUCAGUUCUCUUACUUAAAGCUGCGGUGCGUAACUUUUGGUGGUUUCGCACUUUCUGACGUUAUUAUUCAGCUGAACACAAACGGUGUAACGCUGUUUGCUGCGUCAGACCUGACCGAGGGAGCGCUUGUGUGUAUACAGCAGCAGAGCACGAGUGGGUGGGUGGGGACGAGAAGCAUUUAUCCCGCCACUUUCUGUGUUUUCGGUCAAACUUGCUUGCAGUGUUUCAUUUGUCGUGAUGUAAAACGGAUCACUUCCUGUGUGCAGCCACUGAGAAACACAGAGAGAGUCGUGUCAGAGACAGUAAUCGGACUUCAUUGCGCGAACUCAUUUGCAACAGGAAGUCAAAUCCUGAGCAGGGACAUGAGUACAUCACUCACUGACAUCGAUGAUCAUGUCAAAUAUUCCCACAGUCACCAUUCAGAUUCAUAUUUAGUCCACUUUAUGCCUUUUGUCAGUUCAUUAUUGCCUCUUCAGUUACAGAACACGCCUCCACUCUGAUCAUAGCCAAAGGCUCUUUCCAAAAAUGGUCUGAAUGUCAACCUCAUGAGUGUGUCAACUACCAACUGGACUGUGCACACACACACACACACACACACACACUGGCUCUACCGUGGCCUUACAAGCAGAGCUCCGCCGCCUUCCCUCGUCUACGUUUUCAGAAGUGUCUCGUCGGGGCCAGAGAACUCACACAUGGGAAGUCCAGACGAAACGCCACCACUGGUCGGGAAGAUUGUACAUCAACUAAGAGAGCACAUGAGGUGAUAUCUGCUCCAAAUAUCCGCCUUACAUCUCACACUUGACAACAAUUAUUGACGCAAAAGGAGAUCGCAGAGAUGCUCGUCCUCUGCACCUUAAUCUCGGCCCUAAACCCUGAACGUACUUAAAGGACCCACAUUUGCCUGGAUCAUUCACACAAUUCACUCACUGAACAGGGAACAAACAAACUGUAGCACUUAAACACGAUGAAAGUGAAACGUGUCACUAGAGAAUCUAUCAGCAGCCCCGCCUCGACGGGAGAUGUUUGCUGAGAUAAACUCCCGGUGAAGCUGUUGCCGAGACUGAAGGAGUCGUUCUGAAAGUGAGAAGCAGAGAAAAGUUCUGGGUCUCAGCUGCUCAUCAUAAAAACCCAACUUCAUUCCAUCCCUGCUCAUAAAUACAUAUCAUAAAGAAAACCAGAGCUGGUUUUUGUUUUUUAGCGUGUUUGAAUAUGAAAAAGUAAUGUCAUGCAGUCUGUCAGAAGAAUGAUAUGCAGUGUUAAGGAAUUAUUACUUCUCUCUUAAUGUAACAUAGGAAAUGCUCUCCCUUUAUUUUCUGUCUUGCUCUCCUGGUGAGAGAUGAAGGGAAGCGUCUUCAUGUCUGUUUUGUUUUGUUUUUUUUCUUUCAAAGCUGGAAAAACCUUCACAGCCGACGAAUGUUCACAUCCACCUUUGCAGCGUCCAGCGUCUUCGCCCCGGGACAGUGGACACUGCAGUAGCUACUAUCUGUUCCUUUAGGAAACAACGUCACGAUGCUGAAUUACUCUUUGUUUGUUUCUGUUGAAUGUUGUACCGAUGUAACUGUAAUACUUUACUCUCUUGCUCACUGCAAAACGGUGUGUGCUUUGCAUUUCAUUUGGCAGCUCUGUGGAAAAGACGCUCGGUCUCACACGUGUCCUUCAGAUCAUCGCCCGGCAUCUAAGUGUUAAAGGAAAAUAAUCAAGGAUGAGGAACUGGUCCAAUAGGAAAAGAAAAAGAACAAGCACGUCACUUCAGCACCUGAUGACAUUGAUUUGUUUUCUUUUUCUGUUCCACGUCAAACAACAGAGCUGCUCUCUCCUCUACCCGCCGACACCAAGCCAAUCAGCUGUUGUCAAUCAAUCAAACUCAAUCAGUCGACAGCUAUUUGGUUAAGAGGUCAACUAAUGAACUACGAGUUGACUGAGUAUGUGAUUAAGUGCUUUGAAAACAGACUGAAUUUGAUUUGAUCAGCUGCAGUUCAUGCCAACAACAACAAUAAUAAUAAUACUAAUAAUAAUAACAACACUAAGUCCAAGUCAAACAGCAGGAAAUCACUCUUCAGUGAGAAUUUAAAGCUGCACUACUACAUAUUUUCACAAUAAAAAUAGACUUUAAUAUCUUUAAUGUCAAGGGCAUCACUUUAUAAACAAGCCCAAUAAGAAUUAUCCCACAACUCUUCCCUUCGAUGGAGACAUUUUGGCUCUUUUACGACUUUAUUUUGGUUUCACGACCUGCAACUUGACAACAUUUAACAUUCAUCUGACAACAGGCAGACAAACGAACAGCCAUGUGACAACAUGUCAAGAAAAAGAAGAGUAAGAUUUGGAGACAGAUCUAAAUAAAAUGCUAAUAUGCUGGGGCCCCUGAGGGUCGAAUACAAUUUAGGGGCCCCCUGGGUCCCCUCUGCCUGGGGCCCACAAAGACACGUUAACGAUAAAAACAACGAGAUUUGCUGUAAGGACCAGUGUGUUAGGAAUUAGUGAUGAGAAUGCAGACUCCACCGCUCACCACUCCCUGUUCCAUGUGCACAUUGUUGUCAACAAGUGCAUUAAGUUAGUUGUAAAUGAAAAUACAAAAGCACUGUUUAAAGGCUUUUUUUCACAUUUAUAUA